UCAUUGCGCAUGUCCGUCCCUCUGCAGAUGAAGAAUACAGCAGGAUUUUCUACUUUUCCAUCAAUUUUCUCAAUAUUUCUGCAUAAAUGUACAGUAAGGAAUGCAGGAGAAAAAUCCUCAAUCCCAAUUGUGAUUACCCCAAGAAGAACGUCCACAAUGUUGCAGAGAAGUGGUCAGUUGUUGGUCUCCUUAUGAUCUUUAUUUGUUGGCAAAUCUCAAGGAGUCUGCAUCAAUGGAGUUUUGAUGGGGAAGAUGAUUUCUCAAAGAGAGUUCAAGGAAGCCUAAAGUCUCUCAAUGAACGCCUAAAAACCAAGGAGCUAAAUUCGACGAUAGAUUUUCUGAAGGAAGAAAUCUCAAGGAUUGAGAAAAAUGCUCAUGGUGAGCAGAAAAUCUCCGUGGAGAGUAGAAGUGUGUCUGGAUCCUAUCAAGAUGGAAGGACAACCAAAGUUUAUCACAAUAUUGAAGCCAUUUCGGUGAAAAUUGAAGGAAGAAGCAGGGAUUCCUUCAUCGUGGCUAUUGGGAAUGGGCAGUUUCUCUACGAAUCUGCCCUCGGAAGUGGUCAUGAGGGAGCAAAUCUCUGCAUUGUCCUAGAAAUCCUGAAAAGUCUCACACAAAGCGCGGGAAAACCUAGAAAUGCCCUAAUAUUUACAUUCAGUGGACUCCAAGAGUUCCUGACCGAGGAAAAAGCCCAUCCAUGGAAAAAGGACAUUCGUGGGAUGGUUUUCCUGCCACAUUUUGGAUCUAAUGGACGACACACAGUUCAAUUCAGCAGCUUUAAUUCUCACUUCCUGGUCAAUUCCUACGCCAGGACAGUUCCUCAUGCCUCCGCCCAAGUGGCUCUUGAAGAGAUUGCUCAAGUGACAGGCCUUGCACGGGACUACGGACUGGGAUUUUUCUCAGACAAGCUCAAAGUCCCAGCAAUCGGUUUCAUUCCCCAAGAAGAAUUUUUCUACAGAACAAAGUUCGAUUCUGCAGAUUCUGUUACUCUGUCAGGGAUUCAGAGAUUGUCCAGGAGUCUCCUGCCCCUUCUUCAGGACCUCUCUGCAAUAUCCCAACUAGAUUACAAUCCCCCCGGAAUCUACUUUGACUUCCUGGGGAUCUCAAUCUUUCACCUAAGUCGUCAAAUGGGAGCCUUCCUCGUGAUUCUAGUAUCCAUCCUGGCCGUGGCUGUGCCUUUCACAUCCCUGGCCCACUCCACCAGAGACUUCCACGCGAGAUUCAUCUGGAUUGAGGCACUGUCCACCUUCAUCUCAGCCACAAUGGCUGUCUUCGUGACUGCCACUGUGAUCUAUGCCAUUGCCGUGAAUCUCGACGCCAGCGGAAAGCCAAUGGCCUGGUAUGGGAAUCACUGGCUCGCAAUUGGACUCUACAUUGUUCCCACCCUUGCCCUGCUCUGCUUCAUUCACAUCCGCAAAGCUAAUCCCGAGGCACCGAUAAGUCUCGGGCUGAGAGUUCAAAGUGCUCUCCUGGGCAUCAAUUUGGCAUGGAUUGUUGUUGCUGGGGGACUUUUAUUCAGUGGAUACAGGCUGUUUUACCUGCCAAUGAUUCUCCUGGGAUUGUCUCUCAUCCCAACGGUCAUCAUUUGGCUUUUUAAUCUUCAGAAUACAGUGAAUCUUUGGCUCUACGUCCACCUCGGCGGCCAAAUGCUCAUCAUGGUGUGGACCUGUUCCAUCUACCACGCCACCAUUCACAUGCUAAUCCCAAGGACUGCCACUCUUGGAGCCACUCAAAAUCCGGACGUGGCUAUUGGAGCUGUCUGUGCUACUUUCACAUUCUUCAUCACCAGCUACAUGGUUCCCCUGACGCUGCUCCUGCCGCAGCGGAAACACCUGGUUUACGGUUUGAUGGGGACUUUUCUCAUCUUCCGUCUCAUUUUGGCCAACAGUGGACUAGAAUUUCCCUACAGAGACGAUUCCCAGAUUCCUCCAAAGCCACAGAGGCUCAUUCUCAUGCACACCUUGAGGACUUUUUACGACACUGGGGGUAGGAUUAGGUACACAGAUUCGGGUUUCUGGAUGCAGGAGCUGGAUAGAAACUCCCGGAAGACUCUAGAGAGCCUAUCAGCUCCCGGAACGCCAAUUCCUCAGAAUGAUGGUGAUCUCUGUUCGGUAGAUGUGGCCUGUGGAAUGCCAUUUCACCGUGAGGAUCACCUGAAAACUGGAGGAUUCUGGCUUCCAGCUUCCGGACCUCUGAUUCGCGAACAUACGCAUUUGAAGCUGGAAACACGCAAAGCAGUGACUCCAGCUGUUCAUCAACUGGAUCUGUCACUGAUCCCGAAGAGACAAAUGGCUCUAGUUAUUCGUCCCAGGACAAAUGUCUCCCUGAUCCAAUGGACUCUGGGCAGAGAAAUCCCUCCAAUGAUGGAUUUUUACAGCAAUAGAAGCCACUUUGUGAACAUUGAAAGUGGUUUCCCGGGAGAUUUGUUCAAUUUUACGCUUACCAUGAAGAUUUCCGAAGGAUCAGUCCCGGAAAUUCUCGUGGAUAUCCUCCUAGUGGCCAUAUUUAGGAAUCUCUCAGCAGAAUUUACGCCUACAUUCACAAAUAUGCUAGUGAAGAUUCCACCCUGGGCAUCAGCAUCACCCUCCCUGGCCACAGUCAAGGGAUACAGUUUCUAAUUCAUCCAUUUUCAUCAUUCCCAGGAUUAUAACGGAUCAAAUUUAAAUCUCAGCACAUUUGACAGGUUUUUU